CAAAUUACGAGUGGAUUACCUUCUUCUCUGACUGUUUCAAGAACUAGGCACCAUACACUUGUUUUUACACCCCUACUUACGCCUAUUUGCAUAUUUUCUUGAUAAAAAUUUGAUCUUGGUGAGCUAUUUUUGGGUGUGGAGUGAUUUUAGGAAGGGUUGUAAAAAUUUGGAGGUGGGAAAUGAGGUAAUUUCCUGCUUUUUCGGGCCAUAUUUUGGAAUAACUCAUAGCUCCCGCGUUUGACUUUUUGUCUCUUGUGGUUUCUGCUCUGGUGAUUCUUGGUGCUCAGGCAAGUAACGACCCUGCCAUUGCAGGAGGAUGGAGGGCGUGAAAGUUUUGAUCGAGGAUGCACUUCCUGCAUCAGGAGCUUCACCUAUGAAAGGGGACCAGCCAACAACGGCUGUAGAAAUCACAACCGUUCCUGAAUUGGCUUCAACAGAGGAUGUGGUUGAAGACGCCACUCUCUCAGUCGAGGAGGAGACGAAUAAAGAAGGUAUCCCUCAAGAUGUUAAUAAUGCCACAAUCCUAAGCGAAUCCGUUUCACCAAGUGCAGUCGAAGGUGAUGCUUCAUCCGGGCAUCUUCAAGUAAAAAAGGCCGGCCUCAGAAUCAUUGCGCUUCCAACACCCGACGAUGAUUGUAUACCACCAACUCCUUCAUCACCUCAAGUGAAAAACGAUACCACUUUCCAGCAGCCCCCAAAGACACCUAGGACACCUAGGACGCCUAGAACACCAAGGAGCAUCGACUUCAGCAGAGGCCAAAUUGAUACAACUGUACCUAUCGAAUCUGUGAAGGCUGCUGUUUCAAAGUUUGGUGGGAUUGUCGACUGGAAAGCCCACCGUAUGCAGGCUGUCGAGAGGCGUAAAACCAUAGAAGAGGAACUCGAGAAAGCUCAAGUGGAGAUACCGUUAUUUAAGAAGCAAUCCGAGGAUGCGGAAGAGGCCAAACUCUUGGUUCUGAAAGAGCUAGACAGCACUAAGAGACUUGUUGAAGAGCUGAAACUCAAUCUUGAACGUGCUCAGACAGAAGAGGAACAGGCGAAGCAGGAUUCCGAGCUUGCAAUGCUUAGGGUCGAAGAGCUGGAGCAAGGGAUUGCCGAUGAAUCCAGCGUUGCCGCCAAGGCACAGCUUGAGGUCGCCCAAGCAAGGCAUGCCACCGCCGUUUCAGAACUCAAGGCCGUUCAAGAUGAGUUAGAACAGCUCAGGCAGGACUAUAACCUGUUGGUAGCCGAGAAAAAUGCAUAUGUGAAGAGGGCGGAAGAAGCUAUUGCCAAGUCGAAAGAGAUUGAGAAGUCCGUAGAGGAUUUGACAAUCGAGCUUAUCACUAUAAAAGAGUCAUUGGACUCUGCACAAGCUGCACAUCUGGAGGCGGAGGAGCACAGAAUUGGAGCGGCUAUGGCGAAAGAACAGUACAUGCUCAACUGGGACAAGGAGAUGAAGCAAGCUGAGGAGGAUCUUGAGAAGAUGAAGCAGCAGGCUGCGUCCUCGAAGGAUUUGCAGUCCAAGUUGGAGACUGCAACCGUUUUGCUGAGAGAUUUGAAGGCUGAACUGGCAACAUACCUCGAGUCAGAGGAAUCUGGCAGAGCAGGAAAUUUCGAAGAUGUGCUCAACGAAACGGAAAUAUCAAACCAGGGUCAAAUCGAAGCAGCUCUUUCCGCAGCUAAGAAGGAACUCGAAGAAGUGAAGCUCAAUUUUGAGAAAGCGAGCGAAGAAGUUGCCAUCUUGAAGGUGGCCGCGAUAUCGUUGCAGUCAGAUCUCGAAAAGGAAAAGGCAGAACUGGCUACUGUUCGGCAAAGGGAGGGAAUGGCAGCUAUUGCUGUUGCAUCUCUUGAAGCCGAGCUGAACCAGACCGAAUCCGAAAUCUUGCUUAUUCAGCUUAAGCAGAAAGAUGACAGAGAGAAAAUGGUGGAUCUUCCGAAGAACCUACAAAAGGCUGCACAAGAGGCUGAUCAAGCGAAGUCCUUCGCUCAGGCUGCUCGUGACGAGCUCAGAAAGGCGAAGGAAGAAGCAGAAUUGGCGAAGGCGGGAGCCGGUACCAUGGAGAGCAGACUACGUGCUGCUCAGAAGGAAAUCGAAGCAGCUAGAGCUUCUGAGAAGUUGGCACUCGCGGCCAUCAAGGCAUUGUCGGAGAGUGAGUCUACUCAAAGCAACGACGAGGAGGAUUCGCCAGCCAGAGUAACGCUCUCGUUAGAAGAAUACUACGAACUCAGCAAGAAGGCCCAUGAGGCCGAGGAGGCGGCGAACGAACGCAUUGCUGCUGCCCUUGCCGAGAUCAAGGUAGCUAAGGAGUCCGAGAUGAACAGCUUGAAGAAGCUUGAGGAAACUAACCGCGAAAUGGCUGAACGAAAGAACGCCUUGGAGGUUGCGUUGCAGAAGGCCGAGAAAGCCAAAGAAGGAAAGCUAGGCGUCGAACAAGAGCUGCGUAAGUGGAGGUCCGAGCAUGAGCAAAAGCGGAAAGCUGGAGAGUUGGCCACGAGCAACACGGGAACGGAAACGUCUCUGGAUGCCAAACCUGCCAAGAAGAAGAAGAGAUCCAUCAUCCCUAGAAUAUUCAGGUUCUGGAGCAAGAAGUCAUCCAGGUCGUCCAGGUCAUCCAAGUCGUCCAAGUCGUUGUAGGCGUCGUGAUCGUCUCCCACCGUAUUGCUCGUGGAUCGGAAUCGCCUGCCUUGGAAUUAAGGUUUCUCCUCAGAAUCACCUUGUCCAUUCUUGACAAAAACGUCUAUAUUUGUACAGCAGUAUUGUUUUGUGUACACAAUAGGUUGCUCUGAUCAUAAAUUUACUUUUACUUUUUCUUUUUUCCCCCUAAUACUUGGUUGGGGUUUUACAGUUUGUAAUUAUAUCUUGGUGUGGCCCUGAGGGAUUGGAUUCUGUAAUAAAACUUUUAUACUUUUUUGAUA